AUGUCCAGUAUCACGCUCAAGGCAGACCUUGCGGCAAAAUACGUGGUGCAAAAUGAGCUCCUGCUAAAGGCGCUCGGCGGCCAGACGGAAGACGUGGGCCACAUCACGAUCGGCGACGUGGUGGGCCAGGACAGCCGGGCGUACUUGGAGCAGUGGAAGAGCCGGCUGGAGCAGGCGGACAGCGAGAUGGAGACGCGGGACAGCGCGGACGAGGAGCUGGCCGAGCUGGACGCGAUCAUCGCGCGGCUGGAGAAGGAGUUUCUGAACCCGGCGGACGGGGCGCUGCGCGAGCAGAACAACGCCAUCUUCAACGAGUACUGCGAGAAGUACAACAAGGUGAUCUACGAGGUGAAGGAGAAGGAGGACCUGAACGCCGGAAUGGAAGACGCAGAGGAACAGGGCUCGUUCGGCAGCAGCCGAUGUGAUGAAACUGUAAGUGUGAGCCUGAACGGCGUACUAACCGGCAGACUGAUGAGCGACUACGAGGUGAGCCUGGUGGACGACAACAUGCAGGAGUUCUACGUCAACUUCGAAGGCCCCAAGGACUCGCCGUACGAGGGCGGGCUGUGGCGGAUCCACGUGGAGCUGCCGGACCAGUACCCGUACAAGUCGCCGUCGAUCGGGUUCCAGAACAAGAUCUUCCACCCCAACAUAGACGAGUCGAGCGGCUCGGUGUGUCUGGACGUGAUCAACCAGACGUGGUCGCCCAUGUUUGACAUCUUCAACAUCUUCGAGACGUUUCUGCCGCAGCUGCUCAACUACCCGAACGCCGCGGACCCGCUCAACGGCGACGCCAGCUCGCUCUACAUGAGAGAUAAGAAUCUGUAUGUGGAGAAGGUCCGAAUGUACGUCAAGAACUACGCCAACCCGGCCGCGAUCCGCAACGGCGGCGCGGACCAGGAGGAAGACGAGUCGGACUCGAGCGACGCCGACCUCAGCAGCGUGGACGAGAUGGUGGGCGAAAUCGACCUGUGA